AUACUACUCUCUUUAUAAUAAUUACUGGCAAUUAUAUCGAUCGUUGAAAAUUGAGAGAGAAUAUCGAGGGAAAUAAUUCGAAAAUUCAAGGGUUCCUUUCUCAGUUAUAUUACUUUUGUCGUGUAAAAUGCAUGCAAUAGAAGAACGUUAUUACAAGAUCAAUCGAAUAAUUCUCAAGACACUUGGCUUAUGGCCUUAUCAGCAGUCAUAUCUCACGCAAAUACAUAAAAUAUUGUUUGCCGGUAUUCUUUGGACAUUUAUUCUUGUCCAGUUGCUGGUAUUCAUUACGACCCAAUAUAAUAUAAAUCUUCUUCUCAAGAUUCUUUCACUCGUCUUCCCUACUCUUUUCGGCACUAUAAAAUAUAUCCUUUUUAUCAUUCAGGCAGAUAGUGUGAAGCAAUUAUUGGAACAAGUCCGAAAUGAUUGGAGAUUGUUGAAAAAUAAAUUGGAAAUUGAUAUUAUAGAGAAAUAUGCUUGCAACUCCAGACUUUUUACAAUGAUUGUGAUGGCGUUCUGUCUCUUAGGUGUAAUAUUUUGCACAAUAUUUCAACUUCUACCGAUGAUCCUUGAUAUUAUAAUUCCGUUGAACAAGUCACGCCCCUGUCAAAUCAUUGCAGUAACGGAAUACUUUAUUAACCAAGAGAAAUACAUUUACGCUAUAUUGUUGCACGAGAUAAUAACUGUUUUGAUAAUAGCGAUCACAAUAUUUGGCACGGGUGCGACAAUUAUGAUGUACAUUUUGCACGCAUGUGCACUAUUUGAAGUAGCAAGCUACCGAAUAGAAAACGCAAUUGAAAAAAAUAUAUUAGCGAUAUCUGAUCCUAGAAGAGAACGUUUCCUUUACCGCAGGAUUGUACAUGCAGUUGUUAUACAUCGAAGGGCAAUCGAGUUUACCGAAUUUUUAACAUCUACUUUUAUGGUAUCAUAUGCUAUUCUGAUCAUAGUUGGCAUCAGCUCUUUAAGUUUCAAUCUUUUUCAAUUUCUUCAAAUGGUAACAUUAACAAACAAUAUUAAUGAGGCAUUCAUAUUCGGCAUAUUUAUAAUUACUCAUUUAAUAUAUUUGUUCUUUGCUAAUUGUGCCGGACAAGAAAUAACAGAUCAUGGCAUAAAAUUCUUUAAAGCAACUUAUAAUGGACUGUGGUACGCAGCACCGUUGCAUACACAAAAAUUAUUACUAUUUGUAAUGCGAAAAGGGAAGAUAAAUGUCACUAUAGGAUGUGGAAGCUUAUUUAUUGCAUCUUUGGAAGGUUUUGCUAUGCUCACUAAUACAGCGGUAUCUUAUUUUACGGUAAUUUAUUCUACUAGAUAAGUCAAGUUCAUUAUCAAUAUUUUAUCAAAAUUCAUUAUUAAUUGGGUAGAUCUAUUUCAAGUGAAUAUAGUCGUGCAGCAUGUAAAUGUUGAUGAAUAUGAUUAAAGUAAUAUAUUAAAUAAACGUACAUUAUUUCACUUCUAACAAUUAUACAAUAGUAAA